AUGCCAUUGCGCAUGCUCAAUUUUUUGCGCGAAACUUCAAAAUGGCGUCCAGCAGAAGAGCCAUUUUGCGUUGGUGACAACAACUUUAAAAGUCUUAGAAUGACUCAAUCGAUCGUGGUUCAAGGUAAUAACUUAUUAACACUUUAAAAUUUUUUUAAUUGUGUGUUUAAAUUUUUAUUAUUUUCCGUUUUUUUUUUCAGUGGGACAAUGUGGAAACCAAGUGAGUUCGUCAACGUUGAAUUUUUUUUGUCUACUGUAUUUAUUUAUUAGAAUCGUGUAUGAGAAUUCUUCUUCUGGUAUGAUCCCAUUGUCUGAAAAUUUUUUUAAAUAGAUUUAUAAAAAUGGCUGUGUUAUUAACCAUUGCAUGUGCUUUUUUUGUAUUUUUCUCGAUUUUUUGUACGUUGCAGACUGCAAUUUCUAAUUUUUUACCCAUUUCAAAUUUGCUGAACUAUUUGGUAUACAUUUUAUCUACUCUUUUAAGGCUUCGACCUUGUAAUUGUAAUCUUUUAAGAAUAUUUUAUACCCUUUGCCUUGAUUAGCUGGAGGUAGUAAACUUGAAACUUGAAUUUGUUCGUUUGUUUUUGUGUUUUUAUUAUUUCUGUUUUUUUUUACGUUUCAUUUUUUGUCCUUAUCAAUUAAAACGAGUGAAAUUCAAUGAAUAUCUAUGUCAUUAUCCUUAUUUAACGCCCUCUCUAAUUAGAUUGGUUGCCGAUUCUGGGAUUUGGCUUUGAGAGAACACGCCAGCACAAAUAAGGUACACUGCAAUUUUUACAGAAGUCAAAAACCAUAUUAACAGUUUUAUGUUAAUUGUCAUUUAAAUACGGGCUGUUUAUGUUUUUGUUCUAGAAUGGAUUAUUUGACGAAUCCCUCAACAGUUUCUUUCGUAAUGUUGAUACAAGGUAUGCCAAGCAAAAUGUGUUUUUUAUGUCACAAAGGAAAAAACAUGAAUUCAAAGAGUUAGUAUAAUUGUUUCAGCUAGUAUUUUUUGCAUUUUUCAGAUACAAAAAUCCAGUUGAUAUCCCAUUGGGAAAUGCAAAGCAGAAGAUAAAAUCAUUAAAAGCAAGGGUGUGUAGAUUAUUAUAAGCCAGAGUACAUCACCUGAUACACUUCUAUUGAAUAUUAUAGUAAAGAUCUUCUCUGUUGGUUUCAAAUUUCAGUAAUGAUGUGUAACCAGAGGCUAACUGAUCCAAUACCAAAUUAUCUGUACCAGUAUCAUAAGAAUUGUAUGAGAGACAGUAAGGAGAAUUACUAAAAAGAUCUUGAGAGUGAAAGGGUCAAUGGUACUUGACUUCUUCAUGCCUUUGUGUCAUUAUAGAUGUAAUUUUGAACUUCCAAGGUGUAUUGUCAUAUAAAUCUGUAAUUUCAUUUUGUCAAGCUCCUUCCCAGAAUUUAUCUUUCAGGCCUUCUUGGAGCACUUGGCUAAGAAUUUGUGAAAUAACUUCCAUGUUUUUUUGGCUUUUAUUAGGCAGUUGUUAUCGAUAUGGAGGAAGGUGUUGUGAAUGAGAUUCUCAAAGGUCCAUUACGUGAUGUAUUUGACUGUCAACAGUCAAUAACUGAUGUGUCUGGAUCAGGAAAUAACUGGUGUGUAUAAUCUUCUUAAUUUUAACCCUUUAACCCUAAGAUCUAAUUGUUAAUUCUCCCCUCUAGCCACAGGACAUUUCCUUGUAAUUUCAUUUGGAGGAUUUGGUGUGAGAUCAAGAUGACAUUUUCUACCUGAUAAGUUUGAAUAUUCUCGUCACCUGUUUGCUGGGUAAUGUUUUGAUAUUAAAGGGAGGAGUUCCAUGUUAAUCACUUACAGGUGUUUUAAGGCCUAAUAAGAUAUUUUUUUCACAUAACUUGGGAGGCACAUUUUAAGCAGAAGGACUGUGAUACAAAUUAAGUGUGACACAAGAAAAGCUUGACCCUUAACCCUUUACACCCUAACAUCAGUAUGCAUAUUCUCCAUACUGUUCUCUAUACAUUUCCUAAGGUGCUGACAAAGAGAAUUUGUUUAACAAUCUAGAGCUUUUGUACGUGAUCAUUUCUUUUAUUCUAAGCCACUCGUAACUUUAAUGUAUAAUUUAGGUUUGAUGCUGUAAGGAGAAAUUAGAUGCUAGUCACUCUUAGCAGUUAAAGGGGCAAGUAAAAGAAGAAAAGUGACUUGGAGAGUAGUUAGAGACCAAUUUUUUUUUUUAAUUUUUUAACACAGGGCUACAGGAUUUAUGAUGUACGGACAACAAUACAGAGAACAGAUCAGCGAAGUGAUCAGACAUGCAGCUGAACUCUGUGACUGCCUACAGUGCUUUUUCCUCAUCCAUUCCAUGGGUGGAGGUAGCCUUUUUUAUCCUUUCUCUUCUUAGGUCUGAGUAUCAAUUCUCUCCACUGUCUGGUUUACAUUUCCUAUAAUUUAAGCUCUGCAAAUUCGGUGAGAGCCAAACAGUAUCCUGAAACUGAAAUUUUCUUUCCUCUCAUCACCUAUCAGCAAAUUUAUGGAUAUUUUAAGAAGAAUUUAUGUCUUGGUAACUACAGGAAAUAAAAACAUUAAAAGUUUAGCCUUUGCAUUUGUAAUGGACUGUCUUAUCUAAUUUUUGUAAAUAUUUUUUGGAUCAAAGGUAAAUAGAAAAGGGGUUAAAACUUAUCUGCAAAAGCAGAUGAUGUGUUCAGCUUUUUGCUGUCUGCCUCCACACCUCUUUCACAUAAAACAGCGAACAAAAGAGACAGUAAAUCAGUUUGGACAUCAUUUUUUGAGGGAACAUGGAGCUUCUGAGGGCUUGAGGAAAGUCCUAGGGUAGGGAGGGUAAAGAAAUUGGAACAAUUGAACAGAACAAACAAAGUGAUUGUAUGACUACUAAAUGUUAGUCAACAGCUGGCUAGGUGCAGCAUGGAGGCCUGGGGCUAAUUAAGUUAUACCCUAGGAAUAUAAACACCAUGAAGGGGCCUUUCCUCUAACAUGCUUUUGAAAAGAAAAAAAAAAAAAAAAAGGUAUCUGCUUUCACAUGCCUUUGGUAGGCUGCAGAGGAUGAGGUCAUUAAGAGAGUGAGUGAUAAAAACAAGAUACACUAAAUUUCCAAUCAUGUCUGAGAAUGAUGCUUUUUGCAAGAAGUAUUAUCAUAUUUAUAUAAACAAAUGGUGUUUUUGUUGCUAACGAUUUUAUCCUAAUGUCAAGGUACUGGUUCAGGAUUGGGUACAUCAGUGUUGAACCUCCUCGCCGAUGAAUAUCCAGAUGUGUAUCGCUUCACUACAGCUGUGUUCCCAUCGGCUGAUGACGAUGUUAUCACAUCACCAUAUAACAGGUACCUGUACUACACUUCUUGUCAAUUCCAGUGUAUGCAAUAUUAUUUACCGACCAGUUGUAGCGAAUCUUCACAUCAGCAUCUUUCUUUUAGUUUUUUAGCUAGUAAAUAAUCAGGAUUUUAUCAACCCCUUGACUCUUAUGAGUGAACAAGAUAGAAUUUCUCCUACAAUAAAAAUACAUAAUCAAGCAGACAAGGAAUGAGAACAUAGAAAAAUAUCAGUUAGGUAAUAAUAAGUUAACCAAAUUCCCCCAACUAACAUCUUGAGAAUCGUAUGGCAGAUAGUUAGGAGAAUUGCUAAAGAGAUCUUGGGAUUGAAAUGUUUUACGCUCACUGACUGAUCAUUUUGUCAUUUUCUUUUUCCCUUUUCAGUGUCCUUGCCAUGCAUCAGCUAACUGAGUUUGCAGACUGUGUUCUUCCAAUAGAAAACCAGGUAGGCAUGAUAAUAAACUAGUUUUUUACAUUUACUUAGUUUAUACGAGAUAUAUUUUUUUUUCUGAAUUGAGCUUUUGUUGCCGCUGUAAUUUUCCCAGAUAAACAUAAAUUUUUGUGUGGGAUAGAUAAAGAUACGCUGUAGAGAAGUAUUAACUCAAAAAAAGAUACAAUUUGAUUUUUCACAAGCAUUAGACAGAAAAAAACUGUGAGUCUCCCAUGAGGUAUUGAAACCCAGAUCGUCAGAUUCUCUGCUCUGAUCCUCUAUCGCUGGGUGAAAGUGAAGAACAGUUCCCAAAAGAUACUGUUGGCCAACUGCCGGUCGACUGUCAACCAAUGGUUGGCUGGCAGUCAGCUGACAGAUGGCCAACAGUUGGCUGAUGGUCGGCCAAGAAUUGGUAGUGAAACAGGGGUGAAACAAUUACUAUGGUCGCGUUAUCAUGUUUCAUAAUUUAAGACAAUGAUUGACAUCUCUCCUUUGUCUUUGGAGUGUGAGUAAAACCCCUUCAUCCCUCAAGAGUGGCUAGCAUCUAAUUUCUCCUUACAAUAUCGUCCCUGAAUCAAACAUUAAGCUCAUGAGGAUAGAGGAGAUGAUCACAAACUCAAGGACCUCUUAAUAGUCAGCCAAAUUCUCCUUGUAAGUAACAUAGGGAAUGAACAGAGAACAGUAUGGAGAACUUGUAUACUGAUGUUAGGGUGUAAACAGUUAAAACUGAAGGCGGAAGGACAAAAAAUCCACUGACUAGACCCGAGUACAACACCUUUCAUGUCCAAAUUUUUCCAGCCUCUAGUUGUACAGUGACCAUAUCAUUUUCUCACUUUCUUUCCUCUCAGCAUAUGCUUCACUGUGGAAGAGAAAACAUUGGGUGAUUAAUUUAGUUUAUAAUUAUUUUCUUUGAAAAGGCUUUGGUGGACAUUUGCAAUAAAGUUACAAGUGCCCUUCCACCAUCCAAGACUGGUAAGAAGGUGUUCUCUUCAAGCAGCCAAUCACGUGUUAAAGCCAGCAGUGCUGUCACAUCAGGUGAAGGUGGCGUUGACCAAAGACCAGAGAAGCCAUUUGACAACAUGAACAACAUUGCUGCAAACCUUAUACUGAACAUGACAAGCUCUGCUAGAUUUGAAGGCUCCCUAAAUGUUGAUUUGAAUGAAAUCACCAUGAAUUUAGUGCCAUUUCCCAAGAUCCACUACCUGGUCUCCAGCCAGACACCACUGUACAGCCUCACUGAUGUAAAUCUUCCACUGCGAAGACUUGAUCAAAUGUUCACAGACGCUUUCUCAAAAGAUCACCAACUCAUUAAAGCUGAUCCUAAACACAGCUUGUACUUGGCAUGUGCUUUGAUGCUCAGAGGAAAUGUUGAAAUUUCUGAUAUUAGGAGGAACAUUGAAAGACUCAAACCUUCAUUAAAUUUUAUUCACUGGAAUCAGGAAGGAUGGAAGACUGGACUGUGCUCUGUUCCUCCUGUAGGUCAUCCAUACUCACUGUUAGCUCUAUCUAACAAUACAUGCAUCAGGCACACUUUUCAGGACCUCAAGGAUCGCUUUAUGAAGCUCUACAAACGCAAAGCUCAUGUUCAUCAUUACACUCAUGUUGAUGGCAUGGAAGUGUCGCAAUUUGAUACUAGUUUAGACUCACUCAACUCUCUGAUAAGUGAGUACGAGACCCUUGAAGCACAGAUGGGAAGAGUUGUUGAUGAUAUUCAACGCUUAACUAUUGCCUGA